AUGGCCUUGCCAAAAAGAAUCAUAAAGGAAACAGAACGCCUUUUGGCGGAGCCGGUUCCUGGCAUCACAGCGGUACCUCACGAAGACAACCUGCGGUAUUUCGAUGUUACCAUCCAUGGUCCAGCACAGUCUCCAUACGAAGGUGGAAUUUUCCGUCUCGAGCUCUUCUUGCCUGAAGACUACCCGAUGACUCCCCCUAAGAUCCGGUUCCUUACCAAGAUCUACCACCCUAACAUCGACCGUCUUGGGCGGAUUUGCCUCGACGUCCUGAAGAGCAACUGGUCUCCGGCCUUGCAAAUCCGUACGAUCCUGCUAUCAAUUCAGAUCCUGCUAGGAGCCCCAAACCCUGAUGAUCCCCUUGCGAACGACGUGGCCCAGCGAUGGAAGGAGGACGAGGCAGCCGCAAUUCAGACCGCGAAGGAAUGGACUAGGACCCAUGCAAUGACUUAG